AUGCAUCUCCACACAAAGCCGAGAUGCGGGAAGAUCUCUACAGACAAGGCUGCAAUGGUCUGCGAUAGAUGCUCAGGGAAGUGCUACAUUUGCACCCUGGAUGCUGGCACAUCUCCAACAAGGGUCUACAUCUGCACCUCAUGCUUCCAUUCCACAUACAAGGACAGAUGUAUUGUGUGUGGACUCAAGGAUCCAAGAAACACCGCACAUUGCUGCCGAGAAUGCCGGCUUCUGCAGAAAAACCACGACAGGUGUCCCGUAGUCAUCCAAUAA